CAGCUGACUGGAUUCUCCUGUGCUCCCACCCACUGAUGACUUAGGCUUCUCAAUCACUGAAUGAUUGAGAAGAAUUGUUGAUACUCAAAUAAAGCUCCCUCGUCUGCCCCACCAGUCCAUCAUGGGUGUUGGGAAGUCUAAACUAGAUAAGUGCCCUCUUUCUUGGCAUAAAAGAGACAGUGUGGAUGCAGAUCAAGACUGCCAUGAGUCCAACUCCAAGAACUCUGAGGUUGCGUCCUUGCGAGGUUUUGUGGAGCAUAGAAGUGGAGCAGAGCGGCCAACCGGAGAGCAGGACCGACCUGAGGCAGAGCGGGAGGGGCAUGAGGAGCAAGCCGAAGAAGAGUUCCUCAAGUUUGUGAUACUGCAUGCAGAAGAUGACACGGACGAGGCCCUCAGAGUCCAGGAUCUACUGCAAAACGACUUUGGUAUCAGGCCUGGGAUAGUUUUCGCGGAGAUGCCGUGCGGAAGAUUGCAUUUGCAGAAUCUAGACGAUGCGGUAAAUGGGUCGGCCUGGACGAUCCUGUUACUGACUGAGAACUUCCUAAGAGACGCCUGGUGUAACUUCCAGUUCUACACUUCCCUGAUGAAUUCUGUGAACAGGCAGCACAAGUACAACUCUGUCAUACCCAUGCGGCCCCUGAACAGCCCUCUUCCCAGGGAACGGACACCCUUGGCGCUGCAAACCAUCAAUGCCUUGGAGGAAGAAAGCCAAGGCUUUUCCACACAAGUGGAGAGAAUUUUCCGGGAAUCUGUAUUUGAGAGGCAACAAAGUAUAUGGAAAGAGACACGGAGUGUGAUGCACAGACAGUUCAUUGCCUGAAAUGGAGCGCACACCCGGCUCGCUCCUGUUUUGUAAACAAAAUGAUUCAUCUUCACUUACUAGUGUCGUUUCUAAGAAAUGCUUACAUGUGAGUCUGCUUCCAAGAAAUCUGUGGCGCACAAGAAAGGUACAUUUCUGCAGCCCUGGGAUUGUGGUCCUUUCAAACGACAGACUCAAGAUUGUCAGAGUUUCUGGCACUUUUCUUAAAGUUUUCAUAGUUUAUGAAUAUUCUUAACUCAUUUCUUGUAUUGAACCAUAAGGAGGCACGCAUGACAGACAUUUUCAAAAUAAUGAUGUUGAAGAUUCUCAAAAGACAUGAGGAAAAUGGCUCUAGCUGGGACAGGUCUGACCACCUCGCUCCCAGCUUCUUUCAUGAAUUUUAGUUACCACAGAGCAUCCCAGUGCUGUCACACAGAAACAUGGGUGGCCAGAACGGGACAUGGGCAGUUCUGACGUAGUAAGUAGGAGAUUAGAAGCAGACGUCGGGGCUGGGCGAUAGUGGCACUCGCCUUUAGUCCCAGCAUUUGGGAGGCAGAGGCAGGAAGAACUCUCUGAGUUCAUAGGCCAGCCUGACACACAAAGCUAAUUUUAGGAUAUCUAGGGCUACACAGAGAAACACUGUGGGGUGGGGGUGGGGAGGAGGUGGGACGGGGGUGGGGAGGCCAAGUCUGAGCAGUCAGGCUGUUGGAAAUAAUCCACCCAUGUGCAGUUUUAUUUCUGCUGGAAUUUGGAACUAGUUCCUAUCACAAAUUAGCAAUCCUUUCGAGAGUGUGGUAGCGAGGGACUCUCUGGAGAUGGACCCUGAUCUUGUUAGGUAUCUUCUGUGACCAGGGCUUUAAUUCACACGGCUUGUGAAAAAUAUGUGACUCACGAGCUGUUUGCCUUUAAAAUUAAUAACCAUUCAUGUUAGCCUUUAGAAAUGUCCCUUGCACAUAGUGUUUAACUCAGAGAAUAGUUCUUAUCUAGGACAGAGUGUGUGUAUGUGUGUGUGUGUGUGUGUGUGUGUGUGUGUGUGAGCCAAAGAGGCCUACACAGACCUGUACCUUUCCCUCAUAAAACUUCAACCCAUUUGAGACUGAAGCAGUUCAAACAAGUACAGACUGGGCAUGUGGCUAGGGAUGAGUCACGUCAAAUAAUGAGAAAGUGCCCGUUGGGGACCAGGAGACCUUAUUUGCUGUCCAAUCUCUGGCCCUGAGGAUGAAUGUGCCAGUGGGCAGCUAUUCUUCUUUGUCUGUGAAAUCAAAGGGUUGGAUUGAUGGCUCUCUAAGGGCUUUUGUCCUCU